CCCUCCCACUCGCCUGUUGUCCUUCGCAUUUCCCUGGCACGCCGAAAAGCAAAAGGCGAGAGGAGGUUUCCAAAAAGAUCGGGCAGGAGGCGACUCACAACAGCAUCACAAAUCAUUCCGUCUCAGCGCUGCUCCCGAGAGAUUUUUUUUUUGAUGGAUUAAAUUAAGCGCUUCCAUUUCCGUCCACCACCUGAUCGCUGCAUUAUAAAUCCGAACAGCUGAUCCGCGAAUCUUCAGAAAUCCAGGCGCCUGCAAAGCAGAGGCUGCGGCAAGGAAGGCUGGGAGCUGUCCAGUGCUGAAUGAGGAACCCCCAGCCAGCCAGCAAUAACCGCCCCCCCGCCCCCCCAGCUCCCGCCGCCGCCGCCGCCCCGAAGCGGAACGACCGUGCCAAUCGCAGCGCGCACACAGGCUCGGAGGCGCGCGCAUUCCCGACCCGAGCAGGGGCUGCCGCACUGGAGGAGAGGACCGGCGGGGGGGGGCCGGACCGGCAAAGGACACCGAGCCCAGCCAAGCCGCAGCCGCAGCCGUCGCCGGCCGGGCUGGAGGGGCGCGCGGGCGCGGAGAGCGGCCGGCCGGGCGAGCCAGCGAGCCAACGAGCGCGCCACCGGCUGGGCACCGAGCGAAGCGGGCGCCGGGCCGGUCGGGAGCUGUCCAGGUGCUGACUCCGCCGGCCGCCUCUUAUGAACCAGCGCGGCGUUGGCCGUGAUCUCUCGAACUCCUGGGGGGCUCCAGAGGCGAGCUGGAGGGCAAGCGAGCGGCCUGCCGGAGAGGCGCAGCCUUGCCUCGCACAAAAGCCGCCGCCGCCGCCGCAGCUGCUGCGGAAAGGAGCACCGGCGCGGCGCGACCGCCCAGGCUGGAGACCUCCGCGGCCGGCGCCGCUCCCGUCAGGCCUUCGGAAGCAGGAGGCGAAGCAGCCGCAGCGGCGGCAGCAGCCCACAAAGCCAUAGUCCCCGCGGUCGGCGACGGCCAUCCCCGGGGCCCCCCCGCCUCCCUUCCUCGCGGCGGGCUCGCUCUUCCGCGCCUUCUGCCUUUCCUCUGACCCCCCCUCGCCGCCCUUUCUUGCCGCUGCUCUUUGAUCGCCUCCCCCCGGGCCCCCCUCCCGCCCGGAGCCCACCGGCGGAAGCUGCGGGAGCCUUCUCACAUUCCGGGGGAGUCCAGAACCAUGCCCAGAUCCUUCCUGGUGAAAAAGGUCAAACUUGACGAUUUCCCCUCGGCGGACCUCGAGAAUUCCUACAGCAGAUCGCGGACCGACUUCAACUCCCGGCUCCAUGACAAGGGUGGCUAUAUCAGCGACUACAUCGCGCCGUCUUCGGUGUACGAGGGGGAGGGCGAGAACGGCCUCAAGGUGCCCCCGCCGACGGGCGUCAUCUACCCGGGGACUCACGGCGACUCGGACCAGGCCGACAGCCCGCACUCGGCCUUGGCCGGGGGCUACAUCAACGGCGACGCGGCGGUGAGCGAGGGCUAUGCGGUCGACGCCUUCUUCAUCACCGACGGGCGCUCGCGCCGCAAGGCGGCGGUGGUGGGCGGCGGGGCCGGGGGCGCGGGCUCCCGCCUGGGCCAGCCCCCUCCCGCCAGCGGGCAGCCCCCGCCGCCCCCGCCCCCGCCGCAGCGGCACACCUGCAGCGAGUGCGGCAAGACCUACGCCACCUCGUCCAACCUGAGCCGCCACAAGCAGACCCACCGCAGCCUGGACAGCAAGAUGGCCAAGAAGUGCCCGACGUGCGGCAAGGUGUACGUCUCCAUGCCGGCCAUGGCUAUGCACCUGCUGACCCACGACCUGAAGCACAAGUGCGAGGUGUGCGGGAAGGCCUUCAGCCGGCCGUGGCUCCUGCAGGGCCACAUGCGCUCCCACACGGGGGAGAAGCCCUUCGGCUGCGCGCACUGCGGAAAGGCCUUCGCCGACCGCUCCAACCUGCGCGCCCACAUGCAGACUCACUCCGCCUUCAAGCACUUCCGCUGCAAGCGCUGCAGCAAGACCUUCGCCCUCAAGUCCUACCUGAACAAGCACUACGAGUCGGCCUGCUUCAAGGGCGCCGCCCCGCCGCCGCUCAGCCCGCUGGAGGCCUGACAGAGCCCAGCGGGGCGCCCUCCUCCUCAGGCUGCCCCCCUCCCCCUCCCCCUCCCCCUCCCCGCCCCGCGAGGCUCCAGGAAAGCGGGCGGAGGCCAGGGGCGGGGCGAAACGCCCAGCGCCUCACCUGGACAGGUAACCCCCCCAGCCGCAGCCUCCCGGCCGCGCCCCCUCCCCUUCCUUUGCUGCUCCCGCGGAACGACGGGACCCACGCCUCCGCCCUGGCGGAACCCCUCCCGCGAGGGAUCCUCUUUCCGCCCGAGGAGGCGUCGGUUGGUUUCCUUCCAUGAAGCUGCCGAAUUUCUAUUUUCCUAAAUGUUUACGUUUCCUUAUUUUGAUUUCGCUGUUUUAAGAGAAAAACAAGGACAAGAAAGGUAGAGAGGUAUGUAUUUAACUCGGAGGCGGUCUUAUUUAUUUAUUUAUUUAUUUAUUUAUUUAUUUAUUUAUUUAUUUAUUUAUUUAUUUGCUUACUUAACGAAUGUAUUCAUUUCUUUCCCUGUUGGUUUAUUGCGCGGGGCAGUGCCCCCUCCCUCCACGUUGCACUUUUGUGUUGGUUUUUAAUUAUUUUGUUGCUUUUAAAGCCGAGCCGACUAUUUGCACCGCUGUUGACUUCCAAUCCGUACGUUUGUUGCCAAGACUUCUUUACUAUGCCAAAGUCUACGUCACUUUUUGAAGGGGGGGAAACGAGGAAACCAGGACUGGCCGUUCGUUCUUUUGUUUUUCUUUUUCCUUCUUUUGGUUUUGCUUUCUCCCCCCCUUUUCCGGGUCGGGGCGAGGGUGGGGGGGAAAUGAUCGCCAUCCUUUCUAACGCAGGAUUUUUUGCAUGCAAGAAGAAAUGUAUUUAAAUCUAUGCCAAUUUGAUGAUGCUUUUUAAAAUUAUUAUUAUGAUGGAUUUUCAUUUGUAACACUUUACAUCACUUUGUUUUCCUUUGCCAAACUUUUAGAUAAUAAUAGUCUAUUUGAGGGCAAUAUUCUCCUACUGAACUAAUAGAAGCAAUAAUUAACGUAAUGCAUGUUAUUUUUAAGACGAUAGUAAUACUGAGGAAUCAGGUAACUUUUAAUCCAACUUCUUAAUAGCAACGGAUAUCAGGGACUUUGCCAGUGUAGUGAACUCGAGUUAAUGAGGCGAACCUUCCUUCUCUUCUUCUUCUUCUCUUGUCUUUUAAUGGAUGCACACUGCCUGCCUUCUUCGACUUUCUUCCGAGUAGCUUAGUCAAGUCUCUGGGCUUGUAGCGCUUGCCUGGCCCGAGAAAUACGAGCAACACCCCGCCCGAAUCCCCCCUCCCCCCCCGCCCCCCCCUCCGGGGCCCAUUCCCCAUCCCCACCCCGUGGCUUUCAGGCUUUGCCAGCCCCACUCUCUGCCUCCGGGGGUGGGGGAAGAGAGGGCGUGGGAUGCAGCCCAGCAGGGGUGGAGAAGCCCCUGUUCCCCGUUUCCCCCGCUUUCUUCCAGGGUCUCCCCCAGCACCAGAGCCUGCACCCAACAGGUGCCUUCCGCUCCAUCGGUGGAGAGAUGCCGCAGCGGGGAAGACUUUCCGGGGUCUCCCCAGGGACAGGUGUGCCUCCCGGUCAGCUGCCGGGUCGCUGAUGGCUCCGGCUGCCCCCCUCCCAAGGCUUGGCCCUCUGGCACGGCCGCCUCCUCCGAUCCUCCCGUUUCCCCGCAGGAACCUUCCGCCCACGUCACGGGCCUGCGUGGGAAGGAAGACUUCUCCUAAAGACAUUGCCUUCCGUUAAGAACAUUAAGCCCCCUCCCCGAAAGCCACGAGGACCCCCCCUUCUCUCCCACUCUUAAGCACUACUUCUCCUGUAGGUCUUUCCAUUUUAUGAAUAACUUAAGAAAAAUAAACAGCACAAAAGAAUAAAAAAAUACCUUAAUAGAAAUCAGGUAGAAGGAACUUGUAUUAGCUAGCACCUCCUGUUUUUGUACUUAAGAUAAUUAACGAUGCUACUAGAACAAUGACUUCUAAUACUAAUAUUGCUAUUAAUACUCCCUCUUGCUGACUUAAAAAGGGAAACGACGCGGAUGCUUUGUAAAUACCGUUUGGAAAUUUACAUGAAUUUUUACAAGCUGUUAAAAGAAUUCUGAGCCUGUUUGUGGGGGGGUGGGAGGGGAAAAAACU